CAAGCCUAGUUCUUUCCUCUCCUCUCUUUUUCAGCCCCCGGAGCCGCCUGCGUCACCACAUCGUCAUCGUGCGUGUAGGAGUGUCCUCCAGAUCCAGAGCCGGCGCGCCGCCCCUGCCUCUCCUGGCCUCUCCGCCCUCCGAGCGCGCGCCGACGCCGCCCCUAGCGCCGCCCGUAGCUCUAGCGUCGACGCCCUGCCGACGCCCAGAAAGCGUCCCGGCCUUCACUAGCUGGAAGUCCCGAGUCUCGAGUGGAGGCGGAUCCAAAGCCAAAGCCAAAGCCAACAACCGCCGCUGGGACGCGAGGGAUCGAUUCGGAGAUGGCGUCAACUAGCUCCGCCGGGGACGUGGGAGACUCAGGGUCAAAAGGUGCGGUUGCAGAUAAAACACUUACUGCUUCUGCAAACACUAGUAGCUCACAUCAAGAAUCUCAUGAUGUUGCAACUAUAACCGGGAAGGAAAAAACAUUAACAAGCAGCAAAUGCCAUCUCGGCUUCUGCUUACCUUAAAUUCAUCUGGCACUUCCCAUCCAAAAAAAGCUGCCGGCGCUUCAACAUGAGCAAGAGGGCCUUCAUUGCUUGUUUUGUGGACCUUGAACAUAACUCUUGUUUGUCAUAUUCAAUCCCUACCCCCGCAAGGUGACGACUAUGGUGUGGGGCACCAGCAGAAGCCUGGGCACUCUGCAGCAUGAAGGAGAGGCCAUCAGGUGUUACAAGAAGGCUGGAGACCUUCAUGGCAAGUUUUUUGAAGAAUUGUUUAUGCUCAGAUGUUAGGGUGGUCAUUUCGGCCGCCUGCAGAGCUACUUGGGUAGCAUGAAGCCAUGAACGCUAGCAGCUGGACUGAACCCAUUGACCUGAUUGGCUGCCAUUGUAUUUUUUUCAGUAGAGCUCACUAGAUCAUUUAAAUCUGUACCCACCAUCACAGUUGUACCCGGGGAUCGAGGGCCGUUCAGUUCAUCUGCCCUGUUAUCUGAGUUAUUCUUCUUGAACCGUUUUCUGGAGUACACCAAUAGAUUCUUGGUGGUGUAUUCAGUUGAUCAAAGACAGGUAAAUUCACUUCUUCAUUGGUGCACUUCCUCAACUCUAAACCUCCAAUCCAGUUCAACUUCUCAGCCUGCCUGGAGAUGACGGCAUAUUCACUUCAAAGGACAUCAGGAUGCAAAAUCACGUGUGGAGGACAUUUGGAAGAAAAUGAACAGUGGUUUUCCUAAUAAGAUGCCCAAACCUGCAAUGACAAAGCUCAGUACAACAGAAAAACAAAAGAAAAAUAAACCAACAAAUAAUUGGAUGACUGUUCUAGGCCUUUCACCAAGCAAGGCACAUAGUGUCGAUCAAGGAUCCAAAAAUGGGCUACAACAGACACAACAUGAAAUGAGCGAGGAUGCUAAAAAACUUGCAGCCAAGGCCCUUGCAGCUGCCAAAAAUGCUGCUGCUGUGGCAUCUGGACGAGGGAAAGUGGAGAUCACUGAGGUAAGGGACUUUGCUGGGAAGGACAUCGAAAUCAAGAAACUGGUUGAUGCUAAUUCAAAGGAGGCAAUCGAGAAGGCCAGGGCAGGUGGUGCCGCCCCAUCAGCUGUCGAUAACAUCCUAGAGCAAAUACGGAAGAAGCAGAAGCUGAGCGUCCUGGACAAGACGAAGAAAGACUGGGGAGAGUACAAGGAAGAGAACCGGGGCUUGGGGGAAGAGCUGGACGCCUACAAGAAGAGCUCGAACCAGUACCUUGACAAGCAAUCAUUUCUGCAGCGAACCGAUUACCGCGAGUUUGAGCGCGAGCGGGAUGCCCGGCUGUCAAUGAUGGCCAAGCGGAGGACAGAUACGCGGGAGGACUGAAAUGUUUCCCUGUAACUCCGUUGUAGACAUUCUUUCGAGAUAAUGGUAGACACUAAAUUGUCAAUGCCUUCCAGCCCCGUUAAAUCUUCUUUUUUAGAAUUAUAAUGUGCUGAUUAUAAUUUACAAAGAUGCACCGUGCAUGUGCGUAAAUUGCAUCUGGUGGUUUUGGCAAA